AUGGACCAUCCCGAACAGCAAAUUCAACACAUCAUCCGCGGCUUAACGCAAUAUUCGCGUAGCGAGCAGUUGUCCAUUCUAGAAGACCAUUUCCUGCCCGAUGCCUACUUCGUACAUCCCUUCUGCCGCGUGCCAUCCUUUGUUGACUACAAGAUCCCAUUUACGAACUUGACUACAAACUCUCGCCAGUUCGUCUUCUUCAUUUACCAAUGGUAUAGAAUCCUAAGCCCAGAUAUACAGCUUUCCAUCGAUUCGACUAGCUUCGACAAGAAUAAGAAUCUCUUGUACGUCACGCUCCGCCAGACCUUUACGCUGUGGUUUGUGCCGUACUCGCUAUGGCAGGCCAACGUGAAGCUGGUCACGGUGCUGGAGUUGCAGCGGCUUAGCAUUGAUAAACACCAUAAACCGUUACUCGACGAGACGCCGAUUCCCGUCGAUGUUGAUCUAGCUCUGACUUCAGACCCGCCCAUGCGGUACUUCAUUAAAGGCCAGCAGGACCACUAUCAAGUAGAGGAUUUUCUGAAGUUCAUUGCGCCCUGGGGAGCAUCACUUCUCUGGAUCGCCUGGCAGCUUUAUGCAACACUUAUCUGUGCUAUAGGCGUCUUGCUCCUCCAGUUCCCCAUUGCCUUGUUCCAGCGGCAUGUCCUUGGCCGGGAUAUUAGUGCCAUCAAGAAGCAGUAG